CCGGGAGACCAGAUAUAGUGAAUGCAGGGUCCGGAGAGACCAGAUAUAGUGAAUGCAGGGUCAAGGGAGACCAGAUAUAGUGAAUGCAGGGUCUGGGGAGACCAGAUAUAGUGAACGCAGGGUCUGGGGAGACCAGACCAGAUAUGAUGAAUGCAGGGUCCGGGGAGACCAGAUAUAGUGAAUGCAGGGUCCGGGGAGACCAGAUAUAGUGAAUGCAGGGUCCGGGGAGACCAGAUAUAGUGAAUGCAGGAUAUAGUGAAUGCAGGGUCUGGGGAGACCAGAUAUAGGAGACCAGAUAUAGUGAAUGCAGGGUCC